GGCCCAUAAAAUACGAAAAAGCGCUCACUUCGAAUCGGAAAUUAUUCCAAUUAGGAGUGAUUUGGGGCUAAAAUGAAGAUUUCAGUAAUGACCAGUAAAUGAUCCUGUUAACAGAUGCUGUUCUUAACUUGAGCUCAGAAUUUUUAGUCAAUCAUGGGGUCCGUCACACAGUUCGCGCUUGGCGCGGCGGCCGGUGUUGCUCUUUUCAUGGGAGCGAACGCAGCCAGACGGUUCUUUUUCCUUCCAAGAACCACGAACCAGACAGAAGGGAGAAAUUCACCCGACGAUCCUUUGCCGAGAUCUUCGGAACACAUGCACUCAAUACAAAGUGCAGUAACCCCGGUGCGUAAUUUAUCUGAUAUUUCUGAGGCGGAAGGAAAUGCUGUCAGUGACGAUCUAGACACCAAAGUAGAAGGACAACAUCUUUUGAACCUCCUGUUCAACAUCGCAGAAGAUCAGGCGAGAAAAGAAGGGUACAUUCACCGUGGAAUUACCUGUAACUCUUGCCAAGCAAGUCCAAUUUGCGGAAUACGAUAUAAAUGUUCUAGUUGUGUUGACUAUGAUGUGUGCGAACGUUGUGAAGCGAGAGAUGAUCACAACAAAACUCAUCUGUUUCUAAAGAUCAGAAUUCCAAUGCCUCCACUCACAAAUCCCAGAGCACCCUGCCUUAAACCUCUCUACCCAGGUAUCAAGGAUCACCCCUGUGACUUGUCUUGGGAUGACGUUCAAAGUCUCCAUAAGCAAACUUAUUUUGAUCAUUCAGAGAUAGAAGCCCUUGUUGAACAGUUCAAAACUCUUGCCACUAAGAAAGAAGGAAUUACACGUGAGGUGUUUGACAAAUGUUUAGGACCCUUGGGACAACACAAGAACCUUGUAAUGGAUCAGAUGUUUAAAUUUUAUGAUCAAAAUAGUGAUGGUAUUAUUGAUAUUGAUGAGUUUGUCAUUGGUUUGUCAAUUCUUGUGAAAGGUAGUGAGAAAGAGAAGAUCCCCUAUGCUUUUGCAGGCUGUGACAUUGAAAAGAAAGAAUACAUUUCUAAAGAGAACCUAAGAAACAUGUUCAAAGCAUACUUUGAAAUUAGCCUUGAACUUGUCCGAGAUGUUGUGAGAUCAUGUGAAGAAGAAAUGAUGGCAUCUUUUGAUGAUUCAGGUGACAAACCUGUUUCUUCAAUAUUUAAUGCCCCUAUUCCAAGCAAUGCAGGACCUUCCACGGCAAAUGGUAAACCAGUGAUGUUAAUGAACAACCCUGGAAGCAGCACAAGUGCAAAAGGAGUUGAUGGCAGGUGGCCAAUAAUGGAAGCUAUGUCACAGGAUGCCAUUGAUGAGAUGGUGAACAAUGUCUUCCACUGUGCAGAUAAAGACAAGGAUGGCAAGAUUUCUUUUGAAGAAUUUGAAGCUUGGGCAACUAAUGACAACACUAUUCUUGCAUGGUUUGAGGCUCUUGGUACAAUCUUUUAGCUCUUGAACUACAGUUGUAAUAUGAUAAGAACUUUUUUUAAGUGUCUCUUCCCCUGAUUUGCUCUGACGAAGGGCUAACGCUUGAAACAUCAGCUUUUGGA